CUUAUAUUCAUCCACCCUUCUUUUGUUUUCAAGUGUAACAACCAAGUCUAUUAAUCUAUUACGAUGUUCUCAUUACUCCUUCUCCUCGCUCUUUGCAGCCUCGUUGUUCUAGCGAACCCACACCCUCGCGAUCAGAACUUAGUCAGAUCAAGUUAUCCUUAUCAAAUUGUCUCGAAGCCUCACAAUACACCUCAUUUUGAAGUUGUUCCAGCUUUCUUGCUAGGAGAACCUGUGAAGAAAUCCCAACAGCCCAGACCUUAUACUCCAGUUCAAGGCAGACCUCCUUCACACGUCGAAACUGUUCUAAAGGAAGAUGUACCGUCUCAAGUAUUGCUCAAAACAGAAGACCAAGAUGUCAUCGACGAGUAUAUUGGGGAAGUCGACGAGACUUCUCCUGAUCAGUCACUUCCUUGUAUAGGAACAUGGUGCAAAGGAUACCUCGAUCUCAUAGAUUCAUGCCAGAAGGGAUUUUUCAAAAGGCGGACAUCAGUUCCCAUCGGUUCCUGUUUGGAGAUGUCUCCACCUGUAGAGUAUCCCAACAGCAUGAUGGUCGUGAAACCCGCGAUUUGCUCAGAUGGAACACUAGCAAAACUGGCUAUAUAUAAAGACAGGAGUUGCAACUCAAUGAUCAUCAAUUAUCAACUCCAGGAAAACGACACCGAUCUGUGUCUCGCGACUGCAUUUCUGUAUAGAUUCAAUUUGGUGCUAGGAGUAGCUUUGAGCAGCCUGAAGCCUCUUUGCAGAGACUCUGCAGAAUACAACAAAUCGCUCGCCGCAAACGCAAGCAUCGAGCUCUUCGCCGCCUCAACGAAGCCCAUCCAGUCGGUUCAGGAAGGCGGCUGUGCCGGUCCCUUCAACAAUGUCUUUCUUCCAACCGAUACAUGUCUCUCGGGCGACUACUAUCUCAGCUACAACAUGCUCAUUGCGGCGACUCCGGCGUGCGCUAACGGGCAACGGCCCUGGCUGCUCUUCUAUAACGCUCGCGGCUGCGUGGGAACAACCAGCUAUGUUGUGGGAGUACCAUCGUACCCUCCACCUCCAAACGUAUGCUUGUGGUCUGCUUAUAACGCUCCUCAAGCGCGGUAUUGGAGCAUGAUCUGGCGCUGCGGGUAUUAUUUACCACAGCCACCUUCAUAUCCAAACCCGCAAGGAGCACAAUUCCAUCAAGCCGCUAUCGCUCCUCCUGCUCCUUGCCCGGAUGCCCCGAAGAGCGCGGUGGUCAUCCCUUGCUCGCCUUGCAAUGGCUCCGAAGUCGGCAGGAACGAGAUAAUUGUACUUCCUACAGGCGACUGCCUCGUUACCCCUGGCGACGGGAUCGAGAUUCUUUCACAUGGUGUCUGUAAAAAUGGGACUCGGGCUCAGUGGGCCCGUUUUGAGGACGAAAAUUGUGGCAACGGUAACAUUUCCGCGAAGUUUGGCCUCGUCGAUGUCCCUGACCGAUACCAAGCUCCGGACCCAUCCAGGCAUUUCGACCAGGUUAAAUAUCUCGACAAGUGCAUUUCUACGGGUAUUGAGGACGGGGUGAAAAUCCGCAGUGUGGCAUUCUGGUGCGAGGGGCUGCAGUCUGGGAAGGAAAACUAUGCUGGGAAUAGGGAUAGCAAGCUGGAUGGUGUUCCUAAAGUCGAAACUUAUCAUUUUGAGAUGUGACGGAUCGAGAGCAAAGCAUUAAUUGGAAUACAAGAAUUCAACCAUUACAAUAACUCGGUGAGAGGGAAUUCUGAUAAGCUUAUUGUAACUUUGAGGCUCGAAUUGAAACAUUUGGCUUAUACAAGGAUCGACGUCAAGAGAGACAGCUCUGUCGCUCUCAACGCAUUAUCCACUAGAAUAUCGCUUAUAAGUCCUCGAGUCGCAGUUGCAGGCUUGCUUGAGGAUCAGGAACGAGGUUUCCUGCAUCGUUGCGAAAGAGCUAGUUCGUAACUGUCUGCCCAACGAAUAAUUCUUUCU